CAGUACGACCUAUAUUUUGAACUCAACUCAAGCAUCAGGUCUCUGACAUUGGACAUGAAUUUAGUGAUAAACUCCUCUUUAAGAGUGAAUAGAGUUGCUGUUAUCAAUCUUCACAAGCUUAUAGCUCCAAACGUUUCGUUUAUUGGUGCUAAAAGUAGCAGUUAUCCGUUGAAAAUCUGCAAAUACACACAUCAAUUCUCAAACCGGCAAACAUUUCACACAACUGCAUCUCUUAGAACGAGAGGGAGAGAUAAAUAUACCGCAUUAGGACCAGCAACAAUCUAUAUUUAUCGACUUGGUAUACUUUUUGUAUUCCUUCUUAUUAUAAACAAACUCACAGCUUACCUCUUUGUAACCUCUGAUUUUGGUUAUUACGACGAGGAGGCACACAACAAGAAUGAACUUUCUCCUAAACAAGAAGUGGAUUCAAAAAAUCUAACCCAGAAAUAAAUAGUUAUUUUAUAAUAAUUUGCUGUUGGAUACUCUUAGUUUUGUUGAAUGAUUGACUACAUAUGAAUGAGCAUUGAAAUAUAGAGAUAUUUGAAAAAUAAGAAUUUAAAAAAUAUUUGUAAAUACAUUAAACUGGUACAUGCAUGACAUGUAAUAUGAGAACUUUUAUAAACAAAGAUAUAUACAUUAAAUAAAAUUUAGUGUAUGUGCAUUACCAGCUAUUAUCCUGGUUCUUCAGAAUCUCAACAAUGACUUUUAGGAAUAUGUGGCAUGUAAGGGGUCAGUGUUUAAUGUCUAUAGUUAGCAAACCUUUUAUCAUGAGGCAAAUAUCAAAUCUUCAUAUAUGUACCUUCAAAAACAGCAAAAAGAUACUUGAAAGGAGAUUUUUACAAAGGAAACACUACCAGGAUUACAAACACACAGAUAGAUUUUCAACAUAUGGACAACAUUUUAAUAAAAAGGAGUCUUGGUCUAAAGUUUUAAAAGUGAUAACAUGCAUUGGUGUUUCGGUAUUGGCUCUGGCAAAAAGCAAGCGAGUAUUCUCUGUUGGUAAAUGUGAAGAAACAGAUGUAGUAGAGGAAGAAAAGUCCAGAGAUUUCAAUAAUACAAUGAAAAUGUCUGAAGCAAUAAAUAAAGCAAGAGACCUUAUCCAGCGAAUAAAGGAUGAAACAGGAAGUCCAGGAAUUGUUGUUGGUGUCAGUGUGAAUGGGAAAGAUGUAUGGAAAGAAGGUCUUGGAUAUUCUAAUGUAGAGAACAGAACACCAUGUACAGCAGACACAAUAUUCAGGAUAGCUAGUAUCAGUAAAUCUAUCACCAUGGGAAUGGUUGCUAAGUUAUGGGAAAAUGGUGCCCUUGACCUUGAUAAACCAGUUCAACAUUACCUGCCACAGUAUCCUGUUAAAUAUUUCGAUGGUCAGAAGGUUGACAUAACAACAAGACAAUUGGUUUCCCACUUAGGAGGAAUAAGACAUUAUGAAAAAGACUAUAUAAACAAAAAUAAAACUAAUAAAGAUAUUGAAAACAUAGAAAAAUCUCCACACAAGAAAACACUAGAUGUUGUUGACAAAACAGUAAAGAAAGACAAAAACCAAACAUCAGAUAAAAAGGUAGAGGAACAAAGAAAAGAUGGAAAGAAGAAUAAAAAUGAAGAGAAGAAAUCUGAAUUUGAAAACAAGGAGUAUUACAUACAGAAGGCUUAUAAAUCUAUAACAGAGAGUCUGACUCUUUUCCAAGAUGAUCCUCUGGUGUAUAAACCAGGCAGUAAAUUUCUAUAUACCUCACAUGGAUGGACUUUAGUUAGUGCUGUGAUGGAGAAAGCUGCUAGUAAACCAUUUGAUACCCUGAUGAAGGAGUACUUUAACACAUUAGGACUUCAACAUACAUAUCUAGAGGAAAAUGAUCCACUAAUCUACAACAGGGGGAGCCAUUAUGUGAAAAAUAAGAAUGGAAGACUGGUUAAUGCUCCAUAUGUCAACAAUUCUUACAAGUGGGCCGGAGGUGGAUUUAUAUCAGAUGUCACUGAUCUGCUGAAAUUUGGAAAUAUAAUGUUGUACAGCUAUCAGUAUGACGCAGACAGUGUUAUAAAUGGAAAUAUAUCUAAGGGAGAUAAUCAAACUAAGGAAGAUAACUCUAGAUUAAAAGAUAAUUCAGAAUCUGUGAAUUGUGUUGUAGAAAAGGGACAUAACUCAGAUAGUAAACUUUUACCGGGAUAUUUGAAAAGAAAAACAAUGGAUAUGAUUUUUGCUCCCGUAGAUAAAACAGAGUGUCCAUGGGACAAAGAUGGGUUUUAUGGUAUGGGCUGGGCUGUUGUUCCCGAAAAGUAUGAAAAUGGUUAUUGUAAACAACAAAGGCAUUAUGUGUCCCACACAGGGGGUGCUAUAGGUGCUAGCAGUGUCUUACUUAUCUUACCAUCUCAAAACUAUGGCAAGCAAGAAGAGACAAGCUCAGAAGAAAAAGGAAAGCAGUCUGAUCCACCAGAAGGGAUUGUUGUUACUAUUAUUACUAAUAUGGGGUCUGUUGGGUUAAAUAGAGUUGCACUUGAAAUUGCAAAAUCAUUUGAAUCUGUAGAGUAAAGAUUGUAUAAUUAUAGGUACAAAUGUACAUGAGGGUCUGGAUGAGGUCAACAAAUUAACAUACUGUAAAUUCUGAAAUUAAUGCAAGGUUUUUAUUAUUGCGAAAAAUGCUACUGAGUUGUAAACUCAAUAAUUUACACUCACAUUUGAUAUAUUUUAUAUGAAUUUAACAGGAUUUUUCUCAAAAUCGUGAAAAUUAAAAUUGCGUUUAAGUCUAAAAUGAGAAAAUCGCAAUAAUAAAUGCGGGCAAUAAUUUCUGAAUUUACAGUAUAGAAAAACGGGAAAAAGAGUGCAGGAAGAUGUGAAAAAAAUGGGAAUCUAAAAAUUUGAUUAUAAAAUGUGAAGACUAAACAUGCUUAAUAAAGAUCAGAGAUAAACAGUGUAAAAAAUGAUAAAAAAAAAGAUAAAAA